AUGGCCAUAUCGUGGAGGGCAUUCGACUUCUUCGACGUCAGCCAGGUCCGUCUGGCGGACGACGAGACGCGCCUCUUUGUCGAGAGCAAUGACAUCUCCAAGAUAUGCUCCGGCUCCGACAGCCUCUUCCUCGGAAGCUACGAUGGAUAUGUACGGAUAGUGGGCGCGAGCUGGAAAAUCGUUCGAAGCUUCCAAGCGCACGAUGCUGCCAUCACCCACAUGCGACAGAUCGAGGGCACGAGCUUGCUGCUCACAAUCGCGGAGGACCUGAGCAACGAGCCGGUGCUCAAGGUCUGGGCGCUCGACAAGCUGGUCAAGAAGACGAACAUGCCGACGUGCCUCAGCACGCUGCGGAUCAACAAUGGGAAGAAACAGUUUCCGAUCUCGGCACUCACGGCCCUCGACGACCUCUCUCAGAUUGCUGUGGGCUUCGCCAACGGUACCGUGACUGUCAUCCGCGGCGACCUCAUCAACGACUUGGGCGCGAAGCAGCGCAUCAUGCACGAAUCCGAGGAGCCAGUGACGGGCGUCGAGCUCAUCCCCGAACCAAGCAACAACAGCACCACUCUAUUCGUUUCGACAACAGCGCGGAUACUGAAGCUCUCCAUCUCCAAGAAGGGGCAUGGAUAUCCGCCCAAGACGGUCGAGGACGUCGGAUGCGAUGUGGGGUGCAUGACGCUGGACAAGAGGACCGAAGAAGUCGUCGUUGCGCGGGAUGAUGCCAUCUAUACCUAUACCGUUGAUGGGCGCGGGCCGCCAAAGGCAUACGAGUCACCCAAAAAGUCGGUCGCUGUAUACGGCGACUACACAGCGCUCGUAUGCCCGCCAUCGAGCGCUGUCAAGGACAAGCAGCCGGACUCGAUGAGGCGCCGGUUUGGAGGAGCUGCGGAUGCACUGUUCAAUGCUUCGACCUUUGUCCUUCUCGAAGCAGACCUCCGCCUCAUUGGACACACUGAGUCGCUCAUCUCGCCUUUCAGGGCACUCUUUCAGAUUUGGGGCGACUUGUUUGUGAUGACGCAGGACGGCAAGGUCCACCGCUAUCACGAGAAGACGCUGCAGCAAAAGCUGGAACUCCUAUUCCAGCGCAACAUGUAUCCCCUCGCAAUCGACCUCGCCAAAAAGUCAGGCAUGGACGAGAAGCAGCGGACCGAGAUCUUCCGCCGCUUUGGCGAUCACCUCUACCAGAAGGCAGAUUAUGACGGCGCCAUGGUGCAGUACAUCAAAGCGAUAGAUACAACAGAGCCAUCACAGGUUAUCAGGAAAUUCCUCGACACACAGAGGAUACAUAACCUCAUCCAAUAUCUGGAGCAGCUGCACGAACACCGGAAAGCAACGUCCGAUCACACGACACUGCUCCUAAAUUGCUACGCGAAACUGAAAGACAUCGACAAGCUGGAGAAGUUCAUCAAAUCUCCCGGCGACCUGAAGUUCGACCUCGAAACGGCCAUCUCGAUGUGCAGACAGGGUGGUUAUUACGAGCAGGCGGCGUACCUCGCGAAACAGCAUGGCGAGAUUGACUUGGUGGUCGAUAUCCUCAUUGAGGACUCGAAGCAGUAUGACGAGGCUCUUGACUUUAUCUGGCGACAAGACCCCGAAGUGGCCUAUCCCUGCUUGAAGAAAUACGCACGAGUUCUUAUUGAGCACUGCCCGAAAGAGGCAACAUCCAUCUUUGUCGACUACUACACCGGGAAAUUUAGACCACGAAUCGGGGCGUUCGGAGGAGACACGACGGGCAUGCAGAUCAUCCAGGUCCAAGACAACGAUGGCAACACAUCUAGCCGUCUCGUCGCCGGUGUUGCCGGAGCUGCCAGCGCCGUGCAAAACCUCACGAACCUGCUUCCCCUCCCGUACAUGAACUCGGCGGCGGUGGCGACGCCAGACUCGCAAGAGAACGGCGGCAAGACGAACGGAAACGGUACAGUCAUCCUCGACCCCGAGGACAUCCCGGCGCCCAAAUACACACCGCCCCCGCCGAGGACGGCGUUCUCCUCCUUCAUCGACCACCCAGACGAGUUCAUCGUCUUCCUCGAGGCAUGUCUCAAGGAGAAGGAGCUGAAGCACUCAGACCGAACGGAUCUCUAUACGACACUGUUCGAGAUGUAUCUCUCCAAGUCGAACGAGAAGCGCGGCGAGCAGCACAAGGAGGAGACAUUCCGAUGGAGAGCUCCAACGUGCUGCUCCUCUCGCACCUGUCCGACUUUCCGGACGGCACGCGGCUCGUCAAGGAGCAGUCGGGCCUGCUCUUUGACAUCUUCCGGUCGUACACGGCCGCAAAGGACACGCGCGGCGCGAUCCGGGCGCUGCGCAAAUACGGCUCGCAGGAGCCGCAGCUGUACCCGGCGGCGCUGGCGUACCUGA